GAACCGACCGGCGUUUCGGUGCGCGUAUUAGUCGCGAGAGGCAGCGGUGACGGGUCGUAGUCCUUACUAGUGUGGCGUAGUGAAACAGUUUUUUCGGUCGUCUUCUCACGUCCCCCCUUGUGUUCUAAAAUGAGCUGGCAGGAUUACGUUGAUAAGCAGCUGCUCGCAUCUAGGUGUGUUACCAAAGCGGCAAUUGCCGGACACGAUGGCAACGUAUGGGCGAAAUCCGAAGGCUUCGAAGUAAGUAAAGAUGAGCUCGCGAAAUUAGUGCAAAGCUUCGAGGAACAAGACAUCCUGACGUCGUCGGGCGUAACCUUAGCCGGGAACAGGUACAUUUACCUGUCGGGCACCGACCGCGUGAUAAGGGCAAAACUCGGCAAAGUCGGCGUCCACUGCAUGAAGACGACGCAGGCCGUAGUUGUCUCCCUAUACGAGGACCCCAUACAGCCACAACAGGCCGCGUCUGUCGUCGAAAAACUUGGCGAAUACCUCGUGUCCUGCGGCUAUUAGUAAACCUCUGGGGGACCCAACACAAAAUAUCUAAUAUUAAUGAUAAACGAUACGGUCGAUUAUUUUAAUGAAAAACAGCGAAAUGGAAUGCGCCAUUGUGCCGCACGAGUCGCGCCGGAACUGCCGCAAGCCCUGCCGCGCGACCUACGAUGAAGAUGCAACAACAACAACAACAACAGCUACAGCAACAACAAAAAAACACACAGCGUCGACAACAACACAGCAACCAAGUUUCAAUUAACUGCUCCGAGAGAGUUCAUCAUUCUCUCAUCUUCGACCUUUCUUUUUUUUUGUUUCUUAAGACGCGACUCCGAACACGCGCGCGUACACGCGUAAUAAUCCAAUACGUAAACAACAACGACGCGUCCUCUCCCUCCUUUUUUUCUCCGCUCCGUUCCUCCUCUCGUGCACACACGCACGCACGCGGAAGCGUUUCCCUCCUCGCGACCUCUCAACACCUUCCCCUCUUCUCGAGACGAGACACAUCGUACUUAAACGUAGGUACAAUCUUUUUCGUGUGAAAAUUCUUCGCGUCAAGAUGAGACGCGCGCGGCGAGAAAUUAACGAUGCAUCGAUGUGUGCGCGCGUAUCCGAUGCCCGCACAAGUUACACACAACUGCUCUCUAUAUCUCGCUCCCGAUCCGAAUCGGUGCACGAAACCAACGCAACAAAACGCCGCGCGUGUUCUCCUCCUCGCGCGCGAGUUACACGCCGUCGACGACGAUGGAACCGAUCGAUCGAUCGAUCGAUCGAGCAACAACCGGAUAUCAAUAUCGCGUAAGUCGGCGUAGACGGGCGUCAAAUGUCUGCGCGCGUGUCACAUCGGAGUGAUUCAACGUUUGCGAUUGGGAAAAAAAAAAAAAAAAAAAAAAAANGACAAACGUGGUCGUCGACAAAAAAAAAACACACGUGAGCGCUAUGAGUUUUUUCUUGCAGCACAACUUAGAAUAAAUUAUUCUUUUCUUCCUCGUUAGAAAGGUGUGCGCAAAAGUGUAAGCCGCGACAAACUGUAAAAAAAGUGUAAAUGUGUGCAAAAAAAAUGUAAAAAUUUACACGGAAAAAAACAAAUAUUACACAAUUGGUAACGAAAAUGUGCAAAAUCGUGUAAAUUUCCGUUAGCAAUACGUGAGUAAUAUUUUGUGUAAGAUUGCAAUUCGCGACGCGUGUAAUACCACGCAUAUGUGUCGAGCAAUUGGUCAGCAUUUUGAUUGCGCGCGUGCUCUUUCAGUAAUUUUUUUUUUUUUUUUUUUUUUUUCGUUCGACGGAAAAGAAUAAUCACUUCGUUUGAAGACGAACGCGUGACGGAAGCGACAGAUGAUUUUUGUUUUUUUUUUUUUGUCUCCGUAUCGCAUUACUUUACAACAUCCGCCUUGUCGAGCAACGGCUUCGCGUGCGAAAAUUCCGCGAACGAUCGAGCGAUCGAUCAACGGAUGAUGAUGUGAGGAGGAAGAACGAAGAGAGAGAAAAUGUUGAAAGCGAUGGAGAGAGAAAGAGGAAAAAAGAGAAAGUGAGAGAGAGAGAGAGAAAUCGCGACACUUUUUGUAACCGCCAAAACGCGGCGUGACGGAGAAACGAAACCACACAUACACAUAUGAAUUAAGUAUAAGAAGUAAUGAUAAUAAAUAAUAAUAAACUAUUGUGUGUUAGGCUUACAUUCUUUUUCGUAAAGCGCGAAAAAGCGAGCGAGAGAAAGAGAGAGAGAGAAAGAAAGAAAGAAAGAAUGAGGAAUGUUGUGUGGAAUGUCGAAUGCUGCUAGAAACUUGUAAGACAGGGAGAGAAAGAAAGAAUGUGUGAGGGAGUGAAAGUAUAAAACGAGAGAAGGAGAGAGAGUGUGUGCGAGAGAAAGAGAGAGAGAGAUAGAGAGAGAGAGAAAGAGAUCGAGCGAAUGAUUGCGGGUAAGUGAACGGAAAACAAUCUGAGAGAGAGACUUGAAACUGAUAGCGAGAUAAAAGAAGAAGUCAAGGAAUGAAGGGAACGAGAAAUGAGCGAGCGAGCGAGCGAGUGUGCGCGUGUAUGUGAGGGAGAAAGUAAGAAAGAAAGGGAAGCGAGAAGGUAGCGGAGGUAUAAUGAUGGCGAUAAUAAUAACGAUGAUGAUGGUGAUGUUGAUGAUAAAAGAUAAUGACAAAAUGCGGGCGAGCAUGCGGCAGCGGGUGAUACGGCACGGAUUGGCCGCAAUCCUGGCCGCCUCUCCCCCAUCCCCCUAAGAAUCGAUACGGUCCUUUUAGCUAUUUACUGUCUUUAUUAUUGCUAUAUGUAAGAAGAAUAAAAACAAAACAGCGAA